CUUUUCACCUCUCCAUAUUCAAUUUCAUUGUUUUAUCAGAUCCUUUCUAUACCUGCAAGUGCUUGCCGUUUUCAGGACGACCUCAUUGGCCUUGUGAAUGUUGAAUUUCUGGGUUCGUUAGCUAAUGGAGCUCGUCUUAACCAUUGGAACACGUAACCUGCAACGUGCAAACAUUUGAGUGAGAAAGAAUGAGUUACAGCAGCUCCGAUAUAGGUUCUGGUAGUGGAACAGCUACAAGGACAUUUGAGUUCGGAAGGACCCAUGUGGUGAGGCCUAAAGGGAUGCACCAGGCCACUAUAAUUUGGUUGCAUGGCCUUGGUGAUAAGGGCUCAAGCUGGUCCCAGAUCUUGGAAGCCCUUCCUCUACCAAAUAUUAAAUGGAUUUGCCCCACAGCUCCUACACGACCAGUAAAAUUAUUUGGCGGAUUUCCUUGCACUGCCUGGUUUGACGUUGGAGAUUUUUCAGAAGAUGCCCCUGAUGAUUUGGAGGGAUUGGAUGCUUCAGCAGCACAUGUUGCCAACCUAUUGUCGACUGAGCCUGCUGAUGUCAAACUUGGUGUUGGGGGCUUCAGUAUGGGUGCUGCAACUGCACUCCACUCUGCCAUGUGCUUUGUUUCAGGAAACUAUGCAAAUGGAAACCUUUACCAGGUCAACCUAAGUGCAAUUGUUGGUCUUAGUGGCUGGCUCUCAUGUUCAAGGAUCUUGAGGAGCCGAGUGGAAGGGUCACAUGAGGCAGCAAGGCGUGCAGCAUCAUUACCUGUUUUUCUCUGUCAUGGGCUAGGUGAUGAUGUCGUUGCAUAUGAACAUGGAAAGAGAUCAGCGCAGACGUUAAGCUCUGCUGGAUUUCAAAAUCUCACAUUUAGGACUUAUAAUGGGUUAGGUCAUUACACAAUCCCGGAAGAGACCGAUGAAGUCUGUAGUUGGUUGACUGCAACUUUGGGACUCGAGGGAUCUUGAUCGUACUGGUGGGAUAGGAUGGAAGGAAAGCAUAUAAAAUAAGGGUUCGGAGUGGCACUCCAGAAUAGAUGGAAUGGAUAGUAUGAUUGGCGGGCACGGUUGAUCUUUUCCUAAAUAAGCUUUUUAACUGUAGCUCUCUUGUAUUUGGUUUUUGUUGGGGGGGGUGUGGAGUUCAAUCACAGGGAAACUCAAGGACAAAAGUGGGAAGAUGGGGUGUACUCUACAUGAAUAGAAAUUUUGUUUCUUUUGAUAAUGAUGAAACAUCAUAAUGUUUUUGAUACAUUGCGCAGUAUUGGAGAAAAUUUUGAAUGCAGGAUUGAAUGCUUGAAAUUA